CGGCCCCAGCCAGACAUGCGGCUGCUCUCGCGGGCUCUCCGCGCGGCGCAGGGCUACCGAGCAGCCGCGCUGCUCCCUCGGAGCCUCCGGGCGGCGCCGGUGGGAUGGCGGCUGCCGGCGCGGCGCGGGCUGAGCGCACGGCCCGGCCUGGAGGAGCUGUUCGCCGCGCCCUCCCUGCGCCGCCUGCUGGAGGCGCGCGCGCGGGGCGAGGGCGGGGCGGCGCCGCAGCUGGCGGCGCGCGUGCAGCGGCUGCGCGACAAGGAGCGGGAGCUGCGCGACACGCGGGAGCUGGCGCGAGAUGAGAAUGAAGAUUUCCGGAAGCUUGCAGAAACAGAAAUUGCUUCCUGUGAAGAAGAGAUAGCUGAACUGAAACAACAGAUAGUGUUGCUUUUGAUUCCUUCAGAAGAAACAGAUGAGAGUGAUCUUGUCAUGGAAGUAACUGCUGGAGUUGGAGGGCAGGAAGCCAUGCUGUUCACCUCGGAGAUAUUUGAUAUGUAUCAACGAUAUGCUGCUUAUAAAAAGUGGAAAUUUGAAGUAUUAGAAUACUUUCCCAGUGAACUAGGUGGCCUAAGACAUGCAGUAGCCAGUAUUGCAGGUGUUGAGGCUUACAAAUACAUGAAGUUUGAAGGAGGAGUGCAUCGUGUUCAGCGGGUACCAAAGACAGAAAAACAAGGACGCAUUCACACCAGCACAAUGACUGUUGCAAUAUUACCCCAACCCACUGAGAUGAGGCUGCAAAUUAGUCCAAAAGAUCUACGGAUAGAAACAAAGCGAGCUAGUGGAGCUGGAGGCCAGCAUGUCAAUACCACCGAUAGUGCUGUGCGGAUAGUUCACAUUCCAACAGGGAUUGUGGCUGAAUGUCAGCAAGAAAGAUCCCAAAUUAGAAACAAAGAGAAGGCUAUGCAAAUGCUAUGUGCUAAACUAUACAAUGCCAAACUAGAAGAAGAAACCAAAAAGAGAAACUAUGCUCGAAAGAUUCAAAUUGGGACUAAAGGAAGGUCAGAGAAGAUCAGAACAUACAACUUUCCACAGGACCGGAUUACAGACCACAGAAUAAGCAGAUCAGUGCAUCAUGUUGAGUCUUUCAUGCUAGGGGAAGAAAUGCUAGAUGAAAUGUUACAAACUCUGAGAGAAUAUGCUGAUUAUGAAUCUCUAAUGGAAAUUAUUUCAGAAAAUGAUAAAAAUAAUUCUUCCUGAACGUGGUUUUUCUCAGGCCAUUACAACAGAUGUAGACCUUGGUCUGCAAAGAAGCUUCUCAGAGCACCACCCGGAAAAUGAAACUUGUUUUCAGAUCAUGAAAAACUUGUGUUCUCAUGAAUAUUAAACAUUUUUCUUACUUGCUGGAUAGAAGACUUUAUUAUCUUCAUAUGAGACAUUAUUGGUGCAGUAGUACUUGUGAAAAGUUUAUUUGACUGCACCAAAAAUAACAGCAGUUUUUAACUUCUACUGAGAACUGAUUCAAAAGGUAUGCAUGCAUUAAAAAAGGAAUUAUUUCUAGUUCCUGUUUUCAUUUAAACUAUGGCUUAACCAUCACACAGCAGUGUGAAAUAGCUUACUUGGGAGAACAAAAAAAAUUCCUAUUUUGUUUGAGUGAUUGGAAAAAAGUGAUAAAUAAAUUAUCCCACUCUAUCUAUCCACAUAUUUAUUAAUCAUUUACAUGUAUCAUGGGAAAGGGAGUCAAAGUGUAUCUCUGUCAUGUUUUCAAGUCCUUCUGGCCCUUAUUUAUAAAUACAAAACAAGUUUAGGAAUAUCCCUUGUUGGAGGAAAAAAAAGCCAUGGAAGCCAAGUGAGGAAUCAUAUGAAUUGGUUUUGGAACAAAUGUUUCUGUUCUGAAUUCAAAAAUAAAAGUAAUUGUUACAAUA